AUGAUCCUGAUCGUGCUUUUUAUGUCUGCUGAUAUGCAUUCUGCUGUAAAAGGCGUUGCAGAAUAUUUUCCCACAGCCAUAAUUAGUGGAAGAAGCCGUGAUAAGGUGUAUGAGUUAGUAGGACUAGCAGAACUGUAUUAUGCGGGUAGCCAUGGAAUGGACAUCAUGUUUCCUGUUCAAGACACAUCUUCUGUCCACCAAAAUACUUACAUUAGAUCUACUGACAAACAGGGAAAGGAAGUGAACUUGUUCCAACCUGCUAGCGAGUUUAUACCUAUGAUCGAUGAGGUUUUUAAAACCCUUGUCGAGGUUACUAAGGAUAUUAAAGGUGCAAAAGUGGAAAAUCACAAAUUUUGUACCUCUGUACAUUACCGUAACGUAGAUGAGAAGAGUUGGCUUACAGUUGCACAAUGUGUUCAUGAUGUGUUAAAGGAUUAUCCUCGUUUGCGACUAACUCAUGGACGGAAGGUUUUAGAGGUCCGUCCUGUAAUUGAUUGGGACAAAGGAAGGGCUGUUGAGUUUCUUCUUGAAACACUGGGGCUAAGCAACAGUGAUGAUGUGCUUCCGAUUUAUAUUGGGGAUGAUAGAACAGACGAAGAUGCAUUUAAGGUUUUGAGAGAAGGAAACCGUGGAUAUGGAAUUUUGGUGUCUUCCGCACCCAAAGAAAGCAAAGCCUUUUUAUCUCUUAGAGACACUAUAGAGGUGUCAGAAUUUCUGAAGAGCCUAGUGAAAUGGAAGGAACAACAGUAAGAGUAAGAGUAAAGAGUAAGAAGAUGAUUUGCGAAAAGUGGGUACAGAUGUGUCAUGUGUCUUGUGUGUGUUAAAAAUUUAGUAUUUGGUGAAUAAGUGGUAGCCUGUGGGAACUGCGGGCUUGUUUAGAAGAGUUUUUAUUCCAUUUUGUUUGAGUGUGAGUUUUUUGUUUUUUUAUUUUUAAUUUUAUUUUAAGUUUAUAAUGAGUCAUGAAAUCAAUUUGAGAUUGUAUUAUUUUUGUUUUGUUUUGAUUGAUUGGUUCAUUUAUUUUAGUUCCAUUCUUUUUGGUGUAGUG